UACAAGAUGGCGGAGGGGGACGAGGCAGCGCGGAGGCAGCAGUCGCACGAGGGGCUGCGGCGCCGGAGGCGAACCAGCGACCCAAACACCGGGGUUAACCACGUCUCGUCCACAACCCUCCUAGGUGAGAAUUAUGAAGAUGAUGACCUAGUAAACUCUGAUGAGGUUAUGAAGAAACCAUGUCCAGUACAGAUUGUUCUUGCACAUGAAGAUGACCAUAACUUUGAGCUUGAUGAAGAAGCUUUGGAGCAGAUAUUGCUACAGGAGCACAUACGAGAUCUUAACAUAGUAGUGGUAUCCGUGGCAGGAGCUUUUCGUAAAGGGAAAUCAUUUCUACUGGACUUCAUGCUUAGAUAUAUGUAUAACAAGGAUUCUCAAAGUUGGAUUGGUGGAAACAAUGAACCAUUGACUGGCUUUACAUGGCGAGGUGGUUGUGAAAGAGAAACAACAGGCAUACAAGUCUGGAAUGAAGUGUUUGUGAUCGACAGACCUAAUGGAACAAAAGUGGCUGUGCUGCUAAUGGAUACCCAGGGUGCCUUUGAUAGCCAGUCAACUAUCAAAGAUUGUGCAACAGUGUUUGCUCUGAGCACUAUGACUAGCUCUGUCCAGGUGUAUAAUUUGUCUCAAAAUAUUCAAGAAGAUGAUCUUCAACACUUGCAAUUAUUUACAGAAUACGGCAGACUUGCAAUGGAAGAAAUCUACCAGAAGCCAUUUCAGACAUUAAUGUUUUUGAUUCGAGACUGGAGUUAUCCUUAUGAACAUUCAUAUGGUUUGGAAGGUGGAAAACAAUUCCUUGAAAAGAGAUUGCAGGUAAAACAAAAUCAACAUGAAGAGCUACAGAAUGUAAGGAAGCACAUUCACAGUUGUUUCUCAAAUCUUGGUUGCUUCCUUUUGCCACAUCCUGGUCUUAAAGUUGCAACUAAUCCUAGUUUUGAUGGGAGAUUGAAAGAUAUUGAUGAAGAGUUUAAACGAGAGCUUCGAAAUCUGGUUCCAUUGCUGCUUGCCCCAGAAAAUUUGGUAGAAAAAGAGAUAAGUGGAUCUAAAGUCACUUGUAGAGAUCUUGUAGAAUAUUUUAAGGCUUACAUUAAAAUUUAUCAAGGAGAGGAACUUCCACAUCCAAAGUCCAUGCUUCAGGCAACAGCUGAAGCUAAUAAUCUUGCUGCAGUAGCAGGAGCAAGAGAGAUCUAUUGCAAAAGUAUGGAGCAGGUAUGUGGUGGGGACAAGCCUUACAUUGCACCUUCAGAUCUGGAGCGAAGACACCUGGAUCUCAAGGAAGUGGCGAUUAAACAGUUUCGUUCAGUAAAAAAAAUGGGUGGAGAUGAAUUCUGCCGUCGUUAUCAGGACCAGCUUGAGGCUGAAAUAGAAGAAACCUAUGCAAAUUUUAUAAAGCACAAUGAUGGCAAAAAUAUCUUCUAUGCUGCUCGUACCCCUGCCACACUGUUUGCAGUCAUGUUUGCUAUGUAUAUAAUCUCAGGACUGACUGGCUUCGUUGGCCUAAACUCUAUAGCCGUCUUGUGUAACCUUGUCAUGGGGUUAGCACUGACGUCUCUUUGUACUUGGGCAUAUGUUAAAUACUCUGGGGAGUUCAGAGAAAUUGGAACAAUGAUUGAUCAGAUUGCUGAAACACUAUGGGAACAGGUAUUGAAGCCCUUGGGUGAUAAUUUGAUGGAGGAAAACAUAAGGCAGUCUGUAACAAACUCUAUCAAAGCAGGCCUGACUGACCAGGUGUCUCAUCAUGCCAGAUUAAAGACAGACUGACAGUUCAUCUACUCAUGGACUCCACUCUUUCUUUUUUUCACGCUUGCUGUACAAUGAGAACUCAAAUAAAAAUAAACCAAAGUUUACAAUCAACUGUAGAAGUAGUUUAGUAUAACUGGCUUCACAGAUGGCUGCCACAGAGUGUGAAAUUGUUUGUUGGUUUUAAGCAUUCUGUUCAUGGCUCCUAAGGCAUGAAGAUGGGCUGAGGAGCAUUAGUUUUCAUGCACACUUGUACCAUGUUUAAUUCUUUUUUUUCCCUUUUUACUUAAUCUAAUGUUAGUGAAAUUUGUCUUAUGUAAAGGAUAUUUCAGGGAAAUAUUUUAAGAAAUCUAUUUAGAGUCUCUUUAACACAGUGUCCCAUUGAAAUUUUAAUUUUUAGAGAAGUUAUGAAUCACUGUAUCAAGAAUCAGUUUGGAAUGACAAUGAAGCCUUUAUUGAGCCACGACAUUAAAAGUAUAUAUUGCUUUACUGCCUUCAAUACCAGUAUUACAUAAAUGCAUGUAUCAGAAACUUCACAGAAAUUACAUGACAACUCUUGUAGCUAAGAAAGUGAUUCUGAGGUGUACAUUUGUCUUGCCUUUUUAAAUUUAUAAACCUGCCCUAAAAGGAGAUGCAUAUCUGGGAAACUGAACUGUCUUUAUGCAGUUUAGCCUUCAUGUACAUAAAAUAUGCCGUUAAUUUAUUGGGGGAGAAAUUCCAUCCAAAAAUGUUGCCUACAGCUAUGAGUUAAGAGUGUAUACAGUGUGUAGCUUUUAUUUUCUAAAAUCACAGGUAGGGCAUGUAUAUGAAUUAUAAAUAUAUAAAUACGAUUUUGUAUUAAAAGUUUUGUAGUUUAUGACAAAAUCUGGUUCUGUGGUAGGCUAAUGAGUACAGUCCCUGUGAAGGAAUGUUUGUGGCUCAUGUCAGUGUGUGAAUGCAUAGACAAUUUGAAGUUUUUGAUAUAUUUGUGAUAUUUAUCUUCUUGAGCACUGCAAUCUCACCACCCUCCCCCCACCCCCUCCCCCCAAGGGAAUUCAAUGGGAAUGUUUAUCGUGACUUUGUCCUCUGUUGCAUUUUAAAGUUCCUUCCUGUAAUUUAUUUUCAGUACAUAAUUAAAAAUUUGUAUAUAUAAAAUGGAA